AUCUUAUCCUCAAUAGUGAAAGUUUUAUUUUUGCCAUACGGCCCCUUACUACGGUGUUUGUUUCUUUGAGACUAAUCUCAGAAACCUUAACAGUGUUUUUUCCAGCGACCGUGGCAUUAACGCUUACACACUCUGGCGGUCAACGAUUCGCGCGUGGAGACAAUUGGUACGGACAGUAACAAGUAACAAAGUAGUUCCUAUGUAGCUGAUUAUGGCGGAGAUUUCAAGUUCAGGGUACAAGGAAUAUGCGGCUGGCUUGUUCGCUGGUGUUGCCGCUGUAGCCACUGGCCACCCCUUUGACACCGUCAAGGUGAUGCUGCAAAAGCACAAUGCAGAAGCACAUAAGAUUCAGUAUAAAAAUGGAUGGCAUUGCACUGCUAGGAUAUUGAAGACUGAAGGAAUCAAAGGGCUUUAUAGAGGAGCAACAUCAUCUUUUGUUGGGAUGGCAGUUGAAGGAUCACUCUUUUUUGGCAUUUAUUCCCAGACAAAAGUUUACCUUCAGGGGGGAGUUCAAAGUGGGGAACCAAGGCCUCAAGUGAUAAUACCAUCUGCAGCUUAUAGUGGUGCCAUCAUCAGUUUUGUGUUAGGUCCAACAGAGCUGAUAAAGUGUAGGAUGCAGAUACAAGGCACUGACUCUUUGGUUCCUAAAUCCAGUAGAUACAAUAGUCCCCUUGAUUGUGCCCUUAAAACUGUAAAAACUGAAGGGGUGAAAGGAAUUUUUCGUGGAGGUUGUGCAACAUUGCUUAGAGAAUCUAUAGGGAAUGCUGUCUUUUUCAGUGUAUACGAAUAUGUGCGUUAUUACAUGCAUUCAAAUAUCAAAGCUGCUUCAUCCGAUUACACCAACCUAGUUGAUAUUGGAAUUGGGAUCGUUAGUGGUGGCCUUGGUGGUGUGGCUUUUUGGUUGACAGUUUUGCCUCUUGAUGUGGCAAAGACUUUAAUUCAGACAAACCCUGAUAAAAAUUGUCCAAGAAAUCCUUUUCGGGUCUUGAGUUCAAUCUAUCAAAGGGCUGGAUUCAAGGGAUGUUAUACAGGUUUGGGUCCUACUGUAAGUCGAGCAUUUCCUGCUAAUGCUGCAACAAUUGUCGCAUGGGAGCUAGCAUUGAAAAUGCUAGGCAUUAAGCAUGACUGAGAGUCUACCUAAUUGCGGAUAAUACUACAAAGUUCAGGACAGCAUUCAGCAUUGCAUUUGAAGCUGGUUAAUUAAUUCUUUUUUAUUAGAGAGCUUGGUUAAAGAACUUGGAAUCAGGGGCCUUUAUUUUAGCUGCCCUCUAGGCCUCUACAUGCUUUUUUUUCUCCUAUUUUUUGGAAAGAAGUAUAGAACAUUUCUAUCACUGGCAUGAAAGUAUAUUGUUAAUGGCCAUUGAAGUUAACAUUUUUGGAAGUGUAUGAUAUGGCCAAGACAGACAAGCCCACUUUUUUUUUGGUCUAUCAAACUGCUAAGUGCUAACUGGUGCUACCUUUAAUCAGUUUUAUGACCUCUCCACAACAUGAGUUCAGUAUAAAUAUGUUAGGAGUUCUACAUUGAGUAGAAUAAAAGACUUAAUGUGGUACUUAAGCUAUGAAACUCUCCCAUCUAAUGGAUUAGUCGUUUGGGUUGGA